AAAAAAAAUAACAACAUGGCAGGAAGUGACACCAAACAAAAAUUUUGACACUUGUGCCGACAAGUACAUAUGACUAGAUAAUGGUAGCAGUUCCUGGUAAUGAAGGACUGUUGCUGUUUCUAUGGAGCCAUUUGAACUGACUUUACAACAGGUCACCUUUGAAGAGGGGGAUUUUUCACCUCAGUCAGAUCUAGAUUCAUUUGACACUGUUGUUAAUUACGAUACUCAGUUUGAGCCAGCCAGAAGAGGAACAACAUUACAGGGUAGCAGUGCAUUGACCUAUACUUAUUCUGAGGCUAAUAAAUGUAGAGGGGAAACCAAAGGGCUUGGAUCGCAUGCAGCCUAUGAAACCCUUCAAAAGAGCUUUGUCCCUUUAGGUUCCUUUGUAAGUAAACCCUGCUUGAUAAAACGUGACCAGAUAUAUAGAGAACAGUUAGUUGACAUACCAUCAUGUAACCAUAGUAACAGCUCACAUGUUUACACUGAAAGCAGAAACAGAACUAACAAAACUACAUGGCUUAAUACUAAUGUAAGCAACCAAACCAGUAGACCAUCAAUUAGAGCCCAGCCUAGUUGUGUGAAGACAACACAAAUACACACCAAGUUAGUGUGUUCUGAUGGUGUGUCUGCAGGGCUGUUACACCAACACAACAUUAUACAUCCUGACUACUCUCUAAGAGAUAUAGACACUUCAUACAUUACAAGGAAAGAAAAGAUCUCUGAGACUGACAUUAGAACUCUGUUUAAGGUUUCUGCCAAUACUGCAGCCUUAAACAAAGCCAGAACAUUCCAGAGAUUAAGAAUGUCGAACUCUAACCAGAGUCCUGGUCCAGGUGAUGUUACGGAUGGGGCAUUUGAAACAGUAGCUGAUGCUUUACAUCUACAGAACUCAGUCAUAGGUGACAGGAAAAUAGCACCAGCCCCACCAGAGGUUGUAGCUCAGAUUAUAGCAGAAACAGAGAGAAGGUUGAAAGGUCUUAGUCCAUCUAUAACACCAACAGCAGGCACAGAACAGAAUGUGACUCCAACCUCUGGCUUGAGUGUUAAUAAUAUUCAAUUAUCUGUCAACACCAAUGACAAUGCAUCUGCCUCCUCAGACUUCAUGGCUACAAGUGAACUGAUUCGUGUACCAACACAAAGCAUCACUAUGACAACAGAAAAAACAUCCUGGAGAGGUUCAGCCAUCACUAAAGAGGACAAAACCAAAUUGGACAUUGAUCCACUUAGUGAUCAAGGUUCUGUGUCUGAGGACACACAAAGUGUGUCAAGUGCUGCUAGUGAAUUAGAGGCUAUCAAUCAGUCUGAAACUGAUAGAUUUCUGAAAUCUCUGCCACCAUAUAAAAUGAUAAAUAUUAAUGAUAUAGUGCCUAAGGAGCAAGUGCAAAGAACUUAUUCUCCUCCAGUUAAGGAGACCUCUUUUAGACCUGUCAAACAAAUUUCUCAAGAUUUGAAGACCUCUUUUCAUGAUACUUCUGACAACUUGUACUCUAAUCAACUGACAGAUUCAGGUAUUGGUUCAGAGGUUGUGCAAGAUAAUAACUCAGUUACCAUGGUGACAAGUACUCCAAAAAGAUUUUCAAACAUGCAUGUUCCUCAGGUUGGACCAUUGUUUAACAAAAACUUUAGAGAGCAUGUAGUAACCAAAAACACACAUCAAACCCCUGACAAGACUGUACGAUCAGAAGAACUGGAGGCCAUUUUGAGGGAAAAGGCUAAGCUUGAAGGACAGCUAGAGAUGUUGACAGAGGAGGCACAGACAACUUUUCAAGAGAGGGCAGAGUUGCAAGCACAGGUGUCAUCAUUGAAAAUUAAAUUGAAAUCUGUGGAUGAAAACAGUAAAAAAGGGGAAGUAGAUGCAUUGAAGUUAGAACUAGAUAAAUUUAAGUCCAGUAGGUCUAUUCUGGAACAAUCUUUAGCAUCUGCACAAAAAUUUUUAGAUGAAAAAGUUAUGGAGUCAAAAGGACUACAAGAAGAAUUACAUCUUUCUCAAGAGUCAAAUGAUAAAAUGCAGAGUAAAGUUAGAGAGAUUCGAGAUGACAUAAGAGCCAAAGAAGUUACUAUUCAGGCUUUAAAAAAUAAAAUUGCAGAACUUUAUGUAGAAGUUCAAAGUGUUUUACAGACUAAAAUGGAGACAGAAUCGGAAAUGAGAUCUGCAAGAAGUGAUCUGAACUCUUUACUCAAUACUAAAGUUUGGUACCAGCAACAGCUUCAGGCUGCACAUGAAGCAAGGUCAAAAUUACAACAUGAAUUGACAAUGCUUCAAGGUCAGGCAGCCUCGCAAGGUAGUAUUAUUGAGAGGUUGAAAACUGAAAAUGCAAAGCUUAGACAUCAAAUGAAAGAAAGUCAGCAGAAAGCUUUGAAAGAUAAGGAAGUAUUAGCCAAACAUCUGGAGGCUAUUGAAUCUGAUAUGAUGGAACGUGAGGCUGCUUUUCAAGACAUUCAAAGGGAGAGAACUAUGAUUGAAAAUACAUUUGAUGCAAAAUUGCAGUCUGUAGAUGAUGAAAAAUCUCGAAUUCAAAAUCUCAUUUCAUCAAAUAAUGAUCUUGAUUCAAGACUAGAAAAGGCACAAGCAGACUUGAAGAAAAAACAAAAUCAGAUAUUUAAUCUCGAAAAUGAACAGAUUGAAAUGAUGAAAAAACUGACUUUGUCUCAAGAAAGUUUGAUUGAAAGGGAUACUAUUGUGGAGGAAUCUAAGCAAAAACUGAUUGAAGUUGAGGCACAGUUGUCAUCAUUUCAAAAAAGUUUAAGUUUGAAAGAUUCUGAAAUUUUACAGUUGAAAGAGGAGAAAGCAGCAACUGAGAUAGCCCUGAAAGCUGCACUUGAAGAAAAAUCUUCUGUGGACAAGGCUUUAGAAAAUUUAAGAAGUGAUAUGGGUAAAGUUGAAAAAAGUUUCAGAUCGAUGAAACAGGAUUUGACUAAUAAAACCUCUGAACUUAAUCAAGUUCAUUCCGAGAAGAAUGUUUUAUUGGUUCAAGUCGAAGAAUCAUCAAAAUGUGUUCAGGUGGAGAAACAAAAAGCUGAAGUUUGUAUGACGGAAAAUAAGUCUCAUAUGUUCGAUGAAUUACAAAAUCAGAAAUCUCAAUUUGUAGAAAGAAUUGGUGAAUUAGAAAAUAGUAUUUCAAAUCUUCAAAAUGUGAAAGAAGAAAACAUUAAAGAAAAAGAAAAUUUGAAAAAAGAGCUGUCAGAAACUCAGGAGAGGUUGACACAAACUGAAAAAGAAUUGAAUUCAUUGAAACAAGAAAUUGAUGAGUUAAAAAGUUCAGGAGAUAAAAUUUAUAAUGAAGAGAUUGUGAACGAAAAUGAACAGCUGAAAAAUUCAUUUGAAAAUUUGGAAAAACAACAUAAAAAGGAGGCAAAUCAUCAACAAUGGAAAACUGAACAAUUAGAAACUGAUCUGAAAUCAUUGCAGACAGAGCUGACAGACAGACAGACAGUGUUUGAUACUAAUGUGGAGCUGCUGAGUUUAAAACUAAGGGAAGUAACUCAGGAGAAAGAUAAACUGGAAACUGAGUUGGAUAUGGCUAAGAAAAAAUAUGAUAUUAGUAUGUUAGAACAACAAGACCAGGUUACUUCAGAAUUACAGAAACUUGCUAGAGAACUGGAAACAGCAAAAUUAAAGAAACAAGCAUUAGAAAACCAAUUGUUUGAGAUCCAAAGAAUCAAGGCAAAAGAAAUAGAAGAGUUCCAGCUACACCUCACAGCUCUUGAAGACCAGUUACAACUAGAAAGACAGGAACAUUUAGAGGAUAUGGCUUCACAGGAGACCAAUCAGAAACUAGAACUAGAAUUGGAAAAAGAAAAAGGCAGAGUUGCAGGUUUAAUGCAAACCAACAGCUCUUUGAAACAACAUGUUUCCCAACUAGAAGAGGCAUUAGCUAGGAGAGAGUCUUCCCUGGUAGAUGUACAAACACACAUGGAAGGCUUAGUCAGGCAAUGGCAGGAUGGAGAGGAAGAUUAUAAUAAAAGGAUUCAAAGUUUAGAAGGUGUUCUUCAACAGGAGAAAGAUGGACAGAGAGAUCUUAGAAAACAGAUUGGAUUAAAGAUAACAGAGAACAAAAAGUUAAAACGCAGACAUGACACAUCAAAAGUUGAAAAGGAAACUUUACAACAUGAUCUGGAUGUAGCUACACAGGAGAAAGGUCAACUACAGACAGUACUGGACCAGUGGAAACAGUUGCACAUUAGUGAACAGUCACGGUUGACCGAUUUAGACAGUGAAAACAAAGUACUGACCAGAGAGCUGGAGAGAGUCAAAAGAGAACUGACUGAUAAUUUAGCCAGGGAACCAGUUCUUCAAGAACAGAUUCAGAGUUUACAGUGGCAGCUAUCACAGAAAUGUAAAGAGAUAGAGGCUAUACAGGAACACAUCUCAUUGGCAGAACAGAGACAAAAUGUGGAAAUUGAUGAUCUCAAGAAAAGUUUACAGGAAAGUCAGUCUGAAACAGAGGCCAUGAGAUCAGAGCUGGCUUUAGCUAAACAGGAAAAAGCUAACUACCAUGCACAGGUUACAGAACUAAGAACUACACUGAAGGCCUCAGUGCAGCAUCAUAAGCUGACAAAAAGGAUGAACUCUGGUGGAAGUAGAAAUAAUUCUGAGGAUACAAAGGAUGUAGGAACACAGGUUGUAGACCAUGAUGUACUGAUACCACCGUUACCUUUUGAUCUGGACACAGUUGAGAAACUCAUUCAGGAUACAGGGGUAAAAGCCCUUGAAAGCAAACCAUUAGAUAAUCUACAGACCUGUUUAAGUUCAUUGAGAUCACAGAUAUCAGGUUUACAGAAACAGAUGGAUGUCCAUACUCUGUCUAUAGAAACUUCUACAGAUUCAUGGAGUGUUGUUGAAACCCAAGUUCAAGAAUUAAGGAAAGUUGUCAAAACAAUAACUGAAACAGCCAACAAUACCAUGACAACGACCUCUAUAUCUGCUGCUGCUGUGGAUCCUGAUCACAUGACCAAUGGUGUGUUCAAUAUAUAAAUAUGGUGCUUCCUAAGUGACCUUGACAUGGGUUGCUAUAGAAACUGUCUGCUGCACCAAAAUGUGGGAUCAAUUUAUAAUGGGAUUUUAUAUGUGGGGGUGAAAUAUUUAUCCUAUUACAUGAAACAAAUCAUUAAUGUUAACUGAGAGGCAUAUUGUUUUAAGAAACUUUUCCAGUUUGUUUUCCAUAAACUAUGUUUUUAAAAAGUUUGGAUUUUAAAA